AUGUCUACCACAACUAGAACCUCUGGUACAGCCUCGCGCACCAAUCUUGGACCUCUCACAACUACGUUCACUUACCCCGCAAGCUGUACCGUCGUUGUCCAAGAGUGUGAUACCUGCGAGAAUGGCUGGCAAGCUCAGACAUGCUCUGAUAACACCUUCAACGCUCAAGGCGUCCAGGACGAUGCCAAAUGCUGGCCUCCACGCAGGGGUUCACAAUCAACCGGUGUCGCACUAAACGGCUGGGGAUUUUAUUCGCCUGGUAUUCAAUGUCCAGCCGGGUACACUACAAAGUGUGUUUCAACAGAUGAUGUCGAUGGAGGAUUCACUUUUCAGUUCCCUCUUGCGAAGAGUGAGACAGCUAUAGGAUGCUGUCCAACUGGAUUCCAGUGCAAGUAUACUUCAGGCGUUAACAACGCACAAACAUGCUUUAGCAUCGCCACCACCGGUUCUUUCGCUGCUGUUCAGUGCUCGUCAGGCAAGAGUAACGGCUUUGGAUACCUCGACAUCCCCAACACAGUCGCAGAAACAAACUCAGGGUCUGAAGAGACUGUCACUGUCUCAAGUUUCACCGUUUACGCGCCGCUCUUCCAGCUACACUUUAAGUCUUCAGAUCUACCAUCGACAGAGACAGGUUCCAUCACUAUCGACUCUAUCGAAACUUCUUCGUCAGCUUCAUCAGCCUCAUCCGAGCCGACGCAAGCAUCCUCUUCAGGCGGAGGACUUUCGACAGGCGCAAAGGCGGGUAUCGGUGUCGGCGCUGGCCUAGGUUUUAUUGCACUCAUCGGAGCUGCUCUAUUCUUCAUGCGUCGGAGAAAACGUGAUGCUGCGGUACCAACACUUACAGAGGAGCCCAAGUCUGAGCUCCCAGCAGGACCGAACCAACAUGCAGCGGAGCUACACGCUCAGUCAACACCUCAAGAGCUACCAGGAGACUCUGUUCCUAGAUACAAGUAG